AGCCCUUCCGCGCCUCUUUCCACUCGACCCCAGGCCGGGCCAUGCGGUACUGGGACGAAGAAUCCAGCUCCGCUUUCCUCCAGCGCGCCCUUCCCGGCAGGAUUUGGACUCUGUCCACAGACGAGCCGAGCGUCCAGGCCGGGCCCGGGGGAGGGGGUCGGUGCCGGGCGGACCGUUAGAGCGCCGCCGAGAGAGGCGUGGGGAGGGCGGCGCCGCCUCUCCGGCUUCUCCCCGCGCCGACCUCACACUCCCGGGCCUGAAACGACCCGUUGUUCCCACCCACCUUUGACCCGCCACCCUGGCGAUUGUUUUCUGUUCGCUCGGUCGCGGGUAGGAGGCGAGGAGCGUCGGGGUUCUGGAGCCUGGCAGCUCUCCAGGCCGUUGGCCUUCGGCCCCGGGGCAGAACGAGAGGACGCCGGGGUCCGGCAGGCGGCCGUGGCCAUGGGCUCGCGCAGCUCCCGCGCCGCGGUCAUCCCCGACGUGGACAUCAUUCGGCGGGAGACAGGCUUCUCGCAGGCCAGUCUGCUCCGCCUGUACCAGCGGUUCCGGGCACUGGACAGGAGCGAGAAGGGCUACCUGAGCCGCAUGGAUCUCCAACAGAUUGGGGCGCUGGCUGUGAACCCCCUGGGAGACCGCAUUAUAGACAGCUUCUUCCCGGACGGGAGUCAGCGAGUGGAUUUCGCAGGCUUCGUCAGGGUCCUGGCUCAUUUUCGACCUGUAGAAGAUGAGGACACGUGGAUCCGGGACUCCAAGCAACCGGAACCCCUCAACAGCAGAAUGAACAAGCUUCGCUUUGCAUUUCAGCUCUAUGACCUGGAUCGGGAUGGAAAGAUCUCCAGGCAGGAGAUGCUACAGGUUCUCCGGCUGAUGGUUGGGGUACAGGUGACAGAAGAGCAGCUGGAGAGCAUUGCUGACCGCACAGUGCAGGAGGCCGACGAAGAUGGGGAUGGGGCUGUGUCCUUUCUGGAGUUCACCAAGUCCUUAGAGAAGAUGAACAUUGAGCAAAAAAUGAGCAUCCGGAUCCUGAAGUGACUCCCUUUGUGCCUUCGACCAGCUCAAGCAGAGCAGUGUCUUCUUGAGGUUCACCUUCAGCCCCCCUGAACACAGGGCCCAAGUACACUGUAUUCUUACUUCUAAACUGAACUCUCGUUAGGGCCAAGGAAAGAUAGCUGGCAGGAUGUGUACUAAAGUCUAGCGUGUGUGAUCUCAGAUCUGUGAAUCAGCCAGCAAUCUUCUGGUUGCAAAUGACUAAAAACUCAACUCAAUGUAACUUAAGUAAAGAAGAGAUUUUAUGAGCUCAUGUAAUUAAAAAGUCUGCAAGUAUCUGUCUUUAGGCACAGCCGGAUCCAAGGGCACAAAUAAUGUUAUCAGGAUUCACUUAUUCUCCAUCUUGCACCUUGCCUUUCUUCUGUCAUCUUCAUGAAGUCUCUUUCCUUGUGGAGCGGAAUGGCCACCAGCAGCCCCAGGCUCUCAUCCUGCCAGUCUUGUAAUCAACUGGGAAGAGACUUUCUAUUCCAAUAAUUCCAAGCAAAGAGUAUCAUUGGCUGGAUCUGGGGUCUUGUCCCCAUCCCUCUGGGAAUAGAAAACUCUAAUUGACUAGGCCUGUGUUGUGUGCUAAUUCUUAGAGCUAGGAAAUGAGAUGUCCAGUUUCAGAGAUGUCCAUUACUGUUUGGUUGAACAAAUGGAGAAGCCCUUGAUGUCUGGUCUCUUAAAUGCGUUUUCACUGAUCUCAUGAUGCAUGUCAGUGUGAUGUCGGUUGGUAACGUGAGGAAGAGAUGAUGUGAAAAUGAUAAACAAAGCAUACCUUUCUAGAGUAUGAAAUUUUUCAAAGAUUUGGAAAGUAAUCUUUUUUUCAUGGUAAGAUGUCCGAACAUUGAUAUCAUAGAAUAAAGCAUAAAGUUCACAUAAAACCAUGAGAUUCUAUGUCUGCAACAGAGUGCUCCGGCCAUGCCUGUAGCAGAUGCUGUUAGUGCCCUACUCAUUUCCCCUCCCAGGGGUGUGCUGGAGUUGUCUUGGAUAGAUACAUGAGAAUCAACUGUGCCCAUAUCUUCUCAACUCUGCUUCCUGUGAUAACAUGUUGGUAGCCUGAAAUUGUCUGUAGUGGGAAUAUUUACACCAGUGUCAUGGGCAAAUGAUACAGGUCAAAGCUUUUUCCCCUAGAAGAGCCAGUGGUUAAACCCCAACAACACCUGCUGGGCAUUUGCUAUUACUGUACAUGCCAAUGGCUUUUUUCUACAAUCACCUGUGACACUCUGCCCAAGGGCACUGCCUGGCAUAGGCAUCUGCUUAGCCUGUGCAAAGGGCAGGUCAGAAGUGCUACAGAGUUAACGGUCUUAGGAGUAGCUCUCAACCAUUGACAGAUGGGAACUAGUGGCUGAAUAGCCAGUUAAUUUCAUCCUUUGGGUGGGACAACUUAGAGAUGGGUUCAUUUCUCAUAGAAAUUUCUAGCAGAUUCAAGCCCUAGCUGCCCACAGCAUUAACCUAUUUCAAGCACCUAUCCUGUCUCACUUGCUCAAUCCCCUGUUAGUGUCUCCUGAAUCACCUCUCAGGGGGCUUCUUGAAAAACCAAUUUAAGAUGUACUAGACCUGGAAAACAAGGUCACACUCAUCUGUAGGGCACUUUGAGCACGUAUGGUAUUAAAGGACUGUACAAUUCCUGGCAUGUCCUGAUUUUCGGGAGUUUGAGGUCAUGUAAAGGCACCACUGCAGUCCUUCCCGUGUAGGGGAAAAAAAAUCUAUGGAUCUUUAGGGCUCAGGAAACCUGGAAUUGUCUGGGGUAGAGUUUUAACCCCAUUUCAACUUUUACUUUUUGAUUGUGUGAUUCUGAAGAUGAGCCUUACAGUUGAGGGGUCAGGUAGAGGCAACAAGGGGGAUAUUUCAUCCCUUAGGGAAUUCUUUAAUUUCUGUCAGAGGAUCACUCCAUGAAGGAGGACUUUCUGAUUAACGUAUGCUUGUUUAGUCUUUGGAUCAAUUAGAAGGUAGGGGGAAUAAAACUUAAUGGCUAUUUUUUCCCCCUAGGAACUAUGGUAGAAGAUUUGUAUAUAGAGAGAAAUGUGUGUGUGUGUGUGUGUGUGUGUGUGUGUAGAGAGAGAGAGGUCUUUUAGGUCUUUAUAGCUGGUCUUUUUUCCAUUAUAGUGUUCCUAAAAUUUUCCUGAGUCUCCAAGGAAAUCUAUUUUUUUUUUUUUUGAGACAGAGCCUCAAGCUGUCACCCUGGGUAGAGUGCUGUGACAUCACAGCUCACAGCAACCUCCAACUCCUGGGCUCAAGCGAUUCUCCUGACUCUGCCUCCCAAGUAGCUGGGACUAUAGGCACCCACCACAAUGCCUGGCUAUUUUUUGUUUGCAGCUGUCAUUGUUGUUUGGCAGGCCGGGGCUGGAUUCGAACCCACCAGCUCAAGUGUAUGUGGCUGGUGACUUAGCUGCUUGAUCCACAGGCGCCAAGCCAGGAAAUCUAUGUUUUUAAUAAGUGAUUUAACACUAGAGGUCCAAGGACCAAACUCUUAGAAACAUUGACCUAUAGCAUCUGGCUAAGCUACUACUGACUGCCAUCUAUGAGGUCUGACAAUUAAGUUUAAGAACUCAUCCUAGAAAAAGAGCUACACAUCUCAUUGCUGAAUAUCACUAUAGUCACCUUUGAAAUAUUCCCCUUGGGAAAUUAUGCACUGAUGGUAAGACCUAGUCCACCCUUCAAAGCAAUUUUGGAACUUUUUUUGAAAUGACCAUCAGAAUUGUCAUUGUAUUACCCUUGACGUCCUGAAUAUCAUCAAAAUGUCUUCCUUUAAAUACUUCCUUUAUCUUUGGGUAAAGAAAAAAGUAACUGGGGGCCAAAUCAGAUGAGUAGGGAGGGUGUUCCAUAACAGUUAUUUGUUUACUGGCUAAAAACUCCCUGACAGACAGUGCCACGUGAGCUGGUGCAUUGUUGUGAUGCAAGAGCCACACCUUUCUCAUGUCAAGAUUUUCAGUUAAGAUUAUUCUGUUUCUCUAUCCAUCUUUAAUUGCUCUGCUAUGCUUACAGUCAGUUGACAAUUUUGAUGCACAAUUCAAUGAAUUUUUGAAAUGUUUUCAUCAGUUUUGCUGGCCACCCUGUCCUCUCUUCAUUAGUGACACUUUCUCUCCCUUUAGAAAAAUGUUUAAUACAUUUGUACACUGCUGUUAUCUUCAUGGCAUUAUUCCCAUAAUCUUGGACUAACAUGUCACUGAUUUCACUUCCACUCUAGCCAAGUUUAACAGGAAAUUUAUGAAUGUUUAUUCAUUGCCCUAAUUCAAGCUCUGACAUUCUUAUGACAGCACCCCAAACACCAACAACAAUAAUGAACACCAUGGUGGGGUGUCAUGGCUCACGCCUAUAAUCCCAGCACUCUGGGAGGCCAAGGUGGGUGGAUUGCCUGAGCUCACAGGUUCAAGACCAACCUGAGCCAGAGCAAACCUUGUCUAUAAAAAUAGCCAGGUAUUGUGGCAGACACCUGUAGUCCCAGCUACUCGGGAGGAUGAGAAAAGAGAAUUGCUUGAGCCCAAGAGUUUGAGGUUGCUGUGGGUUAUGAUGCCAUGACACUCUACCAAGGGUGACAAAGUGAGACUCUGUCUCAAAAAAAAAGGACAAACAAUAAUGACACCAAUCAGUAAGACACCACCACGUGUCAACACGAAAAAAGAUUUAAGACACUGAUAUAUUUGUGAAAUGUUAUGGAGAUGUUUGUACAGUGCUGCCAAUGGAAGCACAUGGUGUCAAGUUCAUGGACUUGUCAGACUUUGUAUAAGGUCUUCAGCCUCCAUGAAGCACCUUGGCCUACAGGGUCUCAAGAAAGGUCUCCCUGUCCACACCUCCUCUGGGAAGUCAGGGCCACUCACCAGUGCUCCUGGUCUAAUAGGGGUACUGGAGGACCUGAGGGACCCCAAGACUUCCCUCCCUGUUCUGGUGGUUGGGAGAGGAGAAAAUUUCACCUCCUGUAGCACGAAAGCUCCCUGGGACCACCCUAGCUCAGGAGGAAAGACUUUGUUGCACAGGUGAGGGGUACCAGUGUGGCUGCUGUGGCACAAGCUGCUGGAAUCCCACUAUCCUGAUGUCAGUCUGACAGAAAUGCCUGUGGAUUUAUCCCAGUGGGGUCCUGAUGACACCAGGAGGGAAACUGUGUUUUGUGAGCAGCAGUUGACAGUUUUGAGUAAUUUGUUUACCACUCUCAUUACUGUUGCUGUGCAGUACCUACAACCUGUAUUUACUUAUUGUGUGUAAGUGGACUCAUUUAAAAUUACAUAUUUGAGUUUAUAAAGGAAAUUGUACCUCAAUCCUGUCAAGUGACAUUUUUUUAAACAUCAAAAACAAAAAAGAAGGAGAUGAGCAAACGUUGAAGAGCCAUAAAAGAUAAACCUGCCUGAAAUGGAGACUUUAUUGGUGAUUGAAGAACAGAAGGAAGAGCUGAGAAGGGAACAACCUUUUCACUGGGUGAUUCUAUGUCUUUGAGCGCCAUGUUUUUACUGCCAAAUACCAUCUUGUGUGAGUGAGUGGUAUGUUUCUCAUGUGGGGGAACAUGGGCUGAGGGAACUAUAAGGAAAUAAACCAGGGUGGAGCCUACACCCUCUUGUUCCCUUGGGGACUGUAUGGAGGCAGCCAUCAGUGGGCAGAACAUCCUGACCCUCAGGCUGGCUGCUGAUGGGGUUGGCUUUGGGAGAGAGCUUGGCCAUCACAGUGGAAUGGAAUUUACUCACCAGAUCAGGCCUAGGGACAUGUAGCAGGGCAUUAUGACAGAUGUUUUAUAGAUUUGGAAAUGUUAAAAGCAACAGCCCUCUGCUGACACUAGUCUCCAAGUUCUGGUAAGACUUAUGAACUUGGAGACAGGGCCUCUGGACUUGCCCACUUGCUGGGCUAAGAUGGCAGAGUCCAGAGAGGAGAAGCAGGAGGAAGCUCCAGUUCUGGCAUUUGUGAUUCUCAUUUGAGAGGGGUUUCCUACAGAAGACUGGGAUGGGCACCAGAGAGGUCCCAGCUUGUUCCACUGUAGCUGCUGGGGAGAGCCUUGGCUGUCUUGGAACUUUCUAGAAGAACCCCUCUACAUAUCCUGAAAAGGAAGUCCCUGUCCUUGCCAAGAAGACAGCCUGAAACAGUGUGUGUAGGAAGCCACAGGAAGAGAAGGAAAUAGAAGGACAUAGGUGGUGACAUCAUGUAGACCUAUUUAUGGUACCAUUGCCUCUUUCUCACCCAUCAGGAAAAUAGUUAAAAAUUCUGACCUUGACUCUCAAAUAGAAGGAAGCUCUGGGUUGCCUUUAGCCCCACCCAACCAACAUCAGCAAAACUCUCUUAAUAUUAAAGAGACAACAUAUAGACUUAAUUCUCAGAGAGGCCUCCCCUGAGAGUCAGUGCAGUUUAGUAAAACUACUUGAGUCUUGGCAUCCUGUUAGGCCUCGGUUUGAACGUGGGCCCUUAUUAUCUCCUGCUGUAGAAUCUUGGGAGAUAAGUUUACCCUGGGGUGCCUUUGCUCCUAUUGUCUGUGAAAGAGACAGAUGAUGGCAGGUGCCCUGCAGUUAUUGCUUCUUAUUCUUUCUCUAUCUCCUUCCUCAAACUGCUUUAUUUCAGCUUAGGCCCUGGGCCCCCUCAUCUGUGAGCUUGGACUCUGGCCUGUAUUGCUGUGUAUUCUUUUAGUUAUCAACUGGCUUAUGAAAUAAUAGGAAUUUAUUGGUUCAUAUCACAAAAAGGAAAGUCCAAAGGUGAAUACCAAAGGCUGUAUGAUAUUAUCAGAAAUUAGCCUUUUCAUUUCUCAACUCUGCUGUCCUCUGUGUUGGUUUCACUCUUAAACAGUAACUCCAAUGAAAACAGAGCCUCUCUUUCCCAACAGUGUUGUCAGGAGUCUCGAAAUAAAUCUCAUUGGACUGUCCACUGUAGUCAGGUAAAUGCAACACUCCUUAAUUAGCCGUAUCUGGUCAUACCCCAGAGCUAGAGAAUACAGUCGAUCCCUCUUGAAACAAAUUCAGUGUAGGUAGGUACGUGUUGAUUCCCUAAAGGAAUAUCAGAAUGCUGUUACCAAAAGGACACUGCGUGCUAGACAGGAGAAAUCAACAGAUAACUAUGCACAAGUUACUUUGGUUUUGGCUACAAAUUACUAACAAUGGCUUAAACAAUGAAGACAAUUGUUUUACACUACGUGUCUGGUGGUAGGCAGUCCUAGAGUUAUUGAGUAGCUCAGCAGUAUUUAUUGAAAAUUCAAGAUCUUUUAUCCUUCUAUUCUUUAGUAUGUUGCCUUUUAAUGCUCCAGUUUAUUGACUCGUGGUUACAAGAUUGCAGCUGUAGCUCUAGCCAUCACAUCUCCACAGGAACAGUGUCCCAAGACACAGGAAGGGCAGGGGGCCAGUUGAUUAAAGCCUGGGAAACUGGCAUGACAUCACUUUUGCAAUAAUGAUCCAGAGCAACCCACAGGAGAAGAUAUAGACUGCAGCUCUGAAUGGGAGAAGUAUUGAGGAAUUUAUGGUCACCAUAAAAUGAUGAUUUGGGAUAUCUAUAAAUUGAAUUGAUUUUCCUUGUACACAAAGCACUGAAAAGAUAGAUGUAAAAAUGUUUUAUGUCGUGGGGCCUCAUCUACGGUACAACUUAGAAUGGGUACAGGCGAAACUUACUAAAUGCAGAAUACAAAUGCCUACAUACAGUAACUAAGAAAAUGCCAUGAAGGCUACGUUGAACAGUUUGAUGAGAAUAUUUCAGAUUGUAUAUGAAACCCGCACAUUGUACCCCUAAUGUACACUAAUUAC